UAACGGACAUGCGCUGUGCAGGUUUGCAAGUUGUUCACUUCCUGUUUCCGAUUGGAGCAACAAGCCGGUAAAACUGGCCAAAGUGUUCGGUUUCAACUUUAGCCACUAGAGCAAGAAUAACUGCUAACGAAGUUUCACUGAUUGAAGAAACCUUGGAUUAAUGUGGACCAAAGAAAUCACCAGAAAUGGCGUACCAUCACUGGCAGAAGAUGAACAUCAAGCAGAGCGGGGUGGACGACAUGACGCUCCUGCCCAAGAUCCAGGAGUCGUCCAUCGUCGACAACCUCAAGAAGAGGUUCAUGGACGACCUCAUUUAUACUUACAUAGGUCCAGUGCUGAUCUCUGUCAACCCCUUCAAACAGAUGCCUUAUUUCACAGAGAGGGAGAUAGAACUAUAUCAGGGAGCUGCUAUCUAUGAGAACCCUCCUCACAUCUAUGCCUUAGCAGACGACAUGUUCAGGAACAUGCUUAUCGACAAUGAAAACCACUGUGUUAUCAUCAGUGGAGAGAGUGGAGCAGGGAAAACAGUAGCAGCCAAGUACAUCAUGAACUACAUAGCCAAGGUUUCAGGGGGAGGGGCAAGGGUACAGCAUGUUAAAGACAUCAUUCUCCAGUCCAACCCUUUACUGGAGGCAUUUGGGAAUGCCAAGACAGUCCGUAACAACAACUCCAGCAGAUUUGGAAAGUAUGUGGAGAUCCAGUUUGACAGGGGUGGAGAGCCUGAUGGGGGGAAAAUAUCCAACUUCCUGUUAGAAAAGUCAAGAGUUGUUGGUCAAAACGAAAAUGAGAGAAACUUCCAUAUAUUCUACCAACUCCUAGCUGGGGCAACAAACGAACAAAGAGAACAACUUGGCCUUACUGACGCAGAGUACUACUACUACCUGAACCAGAGUGGUGCAUACAAGGUAGACGGCACAGACGACAGACAAGAGUUCCAAGAUACUAUGAAUGCGAUGGAUGUGAUAGGCAUCUCAGCAGAGGACCAGGACAAUGUGCUGAUGCUGGUGGCAGGUGUGCUGCACCUCGGCAACAUUCAGUUCAGGGAGGAGGGCAACUAUGCUGCUGUGGAGAAUGAUGAAUUCCUGGCCUUCCCUGCCUACCUCCUCAGUGUUGACCCUGAGGCCCUGCGGCUCAAGCUGACCAGCAGGGUGAUGGACAGCAAGUGGGGAGGCAGGUCGGAGUCAGUCAACGUCACGCUGAACGUGGAGCAGGCCAACUAUGCGAGGGACGCCCUGGCCAAAACACUGCACUCACGAGUCUUCGACUUCCUUGUGGCGGCUAUCAAUGGAGCUAUGCAGAAAGAUUACGAGGAGUUGGUGAUAGGAGUGUUGGACAUUUACGGCUUCGAAAUCUUUCAGAGAAAUGGGUUUGAGCAGUUCUGCAUCAACUUUGUCAAUGAGAAGCUGCAGCAGAUCUUCAUUGAGCUGACUCUGAAGGCUGAGCAGGAAGAAUAUGUGCAAGAGGGGAUCAAGUGGAGUCCAAUUGAUUACUUCAAUAACAAGAUUGUGUGUGACCUGAUUGAGAGCAGGAACCCUCCCAUGAUCAUGGCGAUCCUGGACGAUGUGUGCGCCACCAUGCACGCGGUGAGUGAGGGAGCAGACGAGAAGCUGCUGCAGAAACUCCAGGCCUCGGUGGGAACACACCAGCACUACAAUGGCUUCAACACUGGCUUUGUCAUACACCACUAUGCAGGGAAGGUGACCUACGAUGCUGACGGGUUUUGUGACAAGAACCGUGACGUUCUAAACGUGGACCUGAUCCAGCUCAUGCAGUCUAGUGAGAAUGGUUUCAUGGCAGCGCUGUUUCCUGAUGACACUGGUGGCAGGGGACGCCCCACAACCGCAAGCUACAAGAUUAAGAACCAAGCCAACAAGCUGGUGGAGUCUCUGAAAAAAUGUGUUCCCCACUACAUCAGGUGUAUCAAACCUAACGAGACCAAGAAACCUAAGGACUGGGAGGACAGCAGAGUGAAGCAUCAGGUGGAGUACCUUGGGCUGAAGGAGAACAUCCGUGUGAGACGCGCAGGCUUUGCCUAUAGGAGGGAGUUUGAUAAGUUCCUUAGGAGAUAUGCCAUCCUGACCCCCGAGACGUGGCCCCAGUGGCGCGGCCCCCCUCAGCAGGGCAUCCACCAUCUCAUGCGCUCUGUCAACAUGGAGUCUGACCAGUACCAGCUCGGACACACCAAAGUCUUCAUCAAGAACCCGGAAUCUUUGUUCCUUUUGGAGGAGUUGAGGGAGAGAAAGUUUGACGGCUAUGCCCGAGUCAUCCAGACUGGCUUCAGGAAGUACAUUGCUCGCAAGAAGGCUCAGCAGAUGAAGGAACAAGCUGCUGACCUGUUGUACAACCAGAAGGAGCGGCGCAGGUUCAGCCUGAACAGGAACUUUGUCGGUGAUUACAUCGGACUGGCGAACAAACCUGCACUCAGGGCACUGCUGGCCAAGAGAGAGAGGAUAGAAUUUUCAGACACUGUCAACAAAUAUGACAGGAGAUUCAAGCCUUCCAAGCGAGACAUGCUGCUGUCAGCCAAGUACCUGUACCUGAUUGGAAGAGAAGUGGUUAAGAAGGGUCCUGAGAAAGGCCAGCAGAAGGAGGUUAUCAAGAGGAAACUGGGCCUGGAGAUGAUCACAUCAGUAUCACUGAGCCCUCUGCAGGAUUCGUUCUUUGUGCUGCACAUUCAGGAUGACUAUGACAGUCUCCUGGAGUCGGUCUUCAAAACUGAGUUCCUCAUGAUCCUGGCUGAGAAGUAUGAGAAAAUCUGUGCCAGGAAACUCACCAUCAACUUCAGCAACUCGAUUGAGUUCACCAUCAAGAAGGAAGGCUGGGGAGGAGGCGGGAAGAGACACAUCAACUUCAACUCAGGGACGGGAGACCAGCCAACUCUAAAGGCCUCCAGCAAAGUCUUGAGUGUGUCCAUAGGGGCUGGGCUGCCCAAGAGCUCACGGCCAGGAGUAAGGCAGGUUACACAAGGCGCACGGGGUGGCCAUCCUGCACGGAGAGCUCCAGCACCGGCACCAUCACACAUGGCCGGGAGGGCACCAGCACCCUCACCCAUGACUGGCAGGCCACAGAUGCCCCUCCCUAACGCUGGCAGACCUGCAGCACCCCUGCCUACAAGUGGUAGGCCUCCAGCACCCCUACCAACAAGUGGUAGGUUCCCACCACCCAUGGGUAGAGCACCACCCCCACCGACAGUGGCUGCACCACCACCUCCAACUGGUCACAUCCAGAAUGGAGCAGUACCAGGGUCAGACAUAAAAGCCAGGCAGGCUCGCUUCCAGAGGACCAGGACCUUGUCUGCAGAACACCCGAGAAUGCCGGCGGUCGGUGCGCAGAGAAUGGCACGGCAGGCCUCCAAGUCUAAGGAACUGGAUGAGUUCCUCAGAAGAACCCCUGAGGCAGGACAGGCAGGUGCCCACAGGCGAAGUAUUGAGACCAAAGUGAGACCCAACAUUGCUCCUAACAAGCCCAAGCCCAAACCCAAACCCAAACCAUCCCUACCACAGUGCAAAGCAUUAUGGGCUUAUGAUGCACAGGACACUGAUGAGCUGAGCUUCAAUGCUGAUGAUGUCAUUGAGAUUGUGAAUGAAGAUGGCUCUGGUUGGUGGCGCGGAAGGAUACGAGGAAAAGAGGGACUAUUUCCUGGGAACUAUGUACAGAAAGUCUGAACAGACUGAUGAGUCUUCCUGCUUGGUGCAUCCAGUAAUUGCCUUUUGCAGUCCAGAAAAUACAGUAGCUAGGUAGAACAAACAUUUUAAUUGAAUUCUAGAUUGAUAAAUUCAGUGAUUUUUAUAGAAUGUUUUACUGUUUUGACCUAUUAUUUAUAGGUUUUGGUUUACAUUUAUAUAUUUUCUGACUAUAGUUAGCAAAGUUGUUGCAUUUUAUAUUUGCUAGUCCUAUGAUUUGUACAUGAAGACCAUGCUCUUUAAUGAUUGACUCUUGUCUGGUAGCUACAAUGUAUUAGUUGGGGCAACUGAGGUGAAAAUUCAGUUGUGAUAAAAGUUAAGAAUAGAGUAUACAUCUUUAAUGACUAAUUACCUAAAAGUUAGAGAACCACAUACUGUAUAUAUUUAGGUUUUGUUUAUUUGAGUUUUGAUCGUCUUUUGUUCUUUCCCAUUAUCUUGUCCAAGUUACCUAAUAUAUAGAUACAGGAAAACAGCCCUUAAUAAGAUACAAUGGGAAAUAUACAUGCAUAUGGGAAUUCCAUAGUUACUGUACUGAUCAGGAUAGCAGGUAGUAUGAUGUAAACAUGGUAUGAUGUUAAAUUCUUUUUAUGGAAACCACAUUUUUGUCACAUAGUAGACAUUGGAUUCACAGUUUCUGUGCUGCAGGCAGCAUCUAGAUGGUUUUGAUUGAUGUUGUUGAUAUAACAUGUACAUGUAUUUUUGGACUGAUGUUGAGCAUGCAUCAAAGCCUUCUUAAACAAGGGUGUAAAACCUCUCCAUGUCACAGGAUGUGCACAACACAAUCAGCUUCAGCAGUUGUUAUUCUGAAGGUAACAGCUAGUGAUUUUUAUGGAAUCAUAGAAUUUUUCUAGACCAAAUGGUGUAAGAUUUCUACAGUUCCUUCCUGUUGUUGAUUCUUCACCUUGAACUCCUAACUUCACAAUAUACGUAUAUAACAGCCAUAGAGUUGUAAUGAUUGAGGGGAUUUGAUACUGCUAGUAUCAAACUGCUCAGUGUGCUACGUUUUGUUUUGUUUCAUGUGUAUACGUGUUAAAGAAAUGAUAUGUAGAAUUUAAGCAUUGAAAUGAGGGGACCCUAUGAGGUUCCGGUACAUAAAACCCAGAGGGACAGAACCACUUCAAAGUACAAAUGGUAUGACAUGCAUAAUUCAAAUGAACUGUCAUGCAAUGUUGGCCUGUGUUAUCUUUAGUAUGAACAACUCCUAGUAUUAUACUGCAUAGGCAUAGGCCAGACAUUAAUGAAGACUAAAGAAAUGCUAGAUUUUAUAUUUACAUUAUUGGACUGCAGACAAUAUGUAGCAUCAUGAGAUUGAAAAUUUCCUGAUGUAAAAGACUUUUCACUUUUGAUAUGUGCAUCUUCCAUAUAGGGUAGGUAAUUUAUUGCACACAAGUAAAGGAGUUCUUUUAGGGAAAUGUGUGAGAGUGAAUCGGGACUGCUUUUGUACUAUCCAAUACCAAGCACAUGCGUGGGAUUUGCACACUUUUGUACAUCUUUCAGAACUCUAUUGUGUACAGUUUUUAUGUGAGCCAUCUGCUUGCAGGUUACUGUUUUGUUGUUUUACUCAUGUAGUCACUCCAGUUCCCUUGCACAUGCACAGCCUCCAAAUUGUUCACAUUGUUAGUUUUUCAAAUUUUUACAUGAAUAGACCACUUUUACAUGUAUUUAUAGAUUGAAAGAUAUCUUUUGAAUGGUAAUAUUACAGAUUGUGAAGAGGUGAUUUACCUUUAGCUGUAUGUGAACAGCAAAAUUCUACGUAACCUAUAGUUAUUUCUCUGUCCAAAAAUCCAGUAAAUGGAUUCAUCCCUUCUUCAGAAGUUCUGAAGAGAAACCCACUUUUUGCCUGGUACGUGCACCAUGAGUGAUGAACAGAAAUAGGUCAUGACAGAGUCGUGUACUCCAACAGAAAGUAGGAAAUGUCCCCAUAUUUCAGGGAUCUCAUCUGAUGCCUUACUAAAUGUACAAUCUCUCAAGACUUCGACUUAUUGUGUAUAUAUUAGAUAUCUUUUUUAAGUGCAUACAUUGUAUUUCUUUUUAAUGUGUGGAAUGAUGAUCAAUUAGAUAUGAAAUGAUAGUUUUAUAAACUCUCGAUAUCGAUAGUUAGUUCAUUGUAAGACCACCAGGUACAUAACAUCAUUUGCUAGGCUAAGACUCCAUUAACAUGAAAAAAUGUUUAGUUGGUUGCAACUUUUGGGUAAAUCAAGAUGACGUAACAAAUGCCAAGCAACAUGGUACAUGAUUCUUAGGGUAUACAUUUGAUGACUAUUCAAAGUUUGUUAAUAAACAUUUCUUAAG